AGGAUGUGUAUUGACACGAAACGUAAAAAAUGGAGAGUGCAAAUUGCAGUUGCAGGAGAGGAUAUGGUAUUGGUGGUAGAUGGCAGGCAGCGGCGGCGGCGGCCUCCACUGCAAAUCCUUCUUGAAGUCUUCCCUUUCUCCUCCAUACUCCAAACCACCGCCCUCCCUCUCUCUCCGUCAUGGCACCCUCCACGCCACGCUCCUCAAACGCGACCAAGACACCCAUCUCUCCACUUACCUCAAACUCAACCUCUUCCCCCACGCUCUUGGUCUUUGUGGAACUCUUGGUCAUCUUGAUAUGGGUAAGCAAAUCCAUUGCCAUGUGGUUAAACGUGGCUUGGGAUGUAAUUUGGAAGUUGGAAAUGCAGUUGUUAGCAUGUAUUUUAAGUGUGGGAGUGUGGAUGAUGCAAUGAAGGUUUUCAAUGAUAUGCCUUGUACUGAUAUAGUUACAUGGAAUACUUUGAUUUCUGGCAAUCUUAUGCACAGACAGGGGGAUAGAGCAUUGGAAAUAUGGGUGGAGAUGCUGCAGGAGGGCAUGAAGCCUAACCAAGUUACAUUUGUUUUGAUCAUUUCAGCUUACAGGAAAACUAACUUAAAUUUGGUUGAUGAUUGUCGUAGUUUGUUUAAUUCAAUGAGAACUGUUUAUCAAAUUGAGCCCACAUCCAAGCAUUAUGCUUCCUUCAUCAGUGUUUUGGGUUACUGGGGUCUUCUGCAAGAAGCACUAGAAACUAUCAAUAACAUGCCUUUCCAGCCUUCUGCUCUUGUUUGGCGCGCUUUGCUUGAUGGUUGUAGAUUGCAUAAGAAUGCGUUGAUUGGAAAAUGGGCUGCUCAGAAUAUUCUUACCCUAGAACCUAAAGAUCCUUCAACAUUUAUACUUGUUUCAAAUUUGUAUUCUGCUUCUGGGAUGGGACCGCUCUGAAAUGGUCAGGGAGGAUAUGAGAGAAAAGGGGUUUUGCAAACACCCAGCUCAAAGUUGGAUCGUUUGUGAGAAGAAAAUAAAUACAUUUUAUCCGAGAGAUGGAUCACAUCCACAGGAGAAAGAUAUACACAGAGGUUUGGAAAUUAUGUUCUUGGAGUGCCUAAAAAUUGGAUAUGAACCUGACACGAGCUUUGUUCUCCAUGAAGUAGAGGAGUAUCACAAGAAAAUUUUUCUAUUCCAUCACAGUGCUAAACUGGCAGCAACUUAUGGGAUGCUGAUGACCAAGCAUGGAAAACCCAUUCGGAUUGUAAAGUUUCCUUCUUUGUGGGGACUGCCAUUCAUUCCUAAAAUAUGCAUCUAUUGUCACAAAGAGGGAUAUAUUUCUGAGAGAUUCUUCUGGAUUUCAUUGUUUCUCCAAUGGCCAGUGCUCGUGUAAAGACUGCUGGUGAAACACUAGUUCAUCCAACUGGUCACCAUCAUUCAUGUCAUGAUGUUUGCUGAAUAGUUUUUUUUUUUUUAAGUUAUAGGAUAGCAAUGUUAUAUGAGAGUAGAAUGAUAGAUUUUAUGUAGAUGUUACUACCAAUUUUGUGGGACCAAUCAAGUGGAAGGAAGAUGCUUCUUACAAAUGCUUUUGGAAAAAAAGUUAGGAAUUAGAACUGCACAGCCUCGUCAGAACAAAGAUGUAUUUUCUUUGUUUACUGAAAACCUUCACCGUGUAUGAUCUGUCACAGUUAGGUAUUUAGUUAUAUACCAACUCAGCUGGGUAUUUUGUUGGGGUUUCGACUUUUGAAAAUUUUACUCCAACUGCAUGAAUUUUUAAUGUUCAGGUAACUUUUUUUAAUUCAUUUUAUUAAUGUUCUGUGCUGUGUCUUCCUAUUGUUGUAUGUACACCAGAGUAACACCUGCGUAAUUUGUUCUUUAACAAAAAUCGAACAUUCAAAAGGUGAAAUAAUAGGCUGGAAAGGCAUUGGCCUAAUUGUGUUGCAGUUUGCACAGCUAUGAUCUCAGGUUAUGUACUUCAUGGACUGAACAUUGAUGCUAUAAACACUUUUAGGUGGAUAAUUCAAGAGGGAGUGGUGCGUAAUUGCCUAACUAUGAUUAGUGUUUUGCCAGCUUUUGCUGCUCUGAAAUUAGGGAGAAGUUGCAUUGUGACAUUCUAAAGAAAGGAUUGGAGAGUAAAGUUAAUGUGGAUCUGCCAUCACUUAUAUGUAUCCAAAAUGUGGAAGACUGGAUCUUGCUUAUGAAUUUGUCAGAAGAAUGUUCGAAAGAGAUAGUGUUUGUUGGAACUCAAUGAUUUCAAGCUUCUCACAGAAUGGGAAACCAGAAAUGGCCAUUGAUCUUUUUAGUCAAAUGGGAAUGAGAGGAGCCAAGUUUGAUUCUGUGAGCCUAUCUUAUGCUCUCUCUGCUUCUGCAAAUUUAACAGUACUCCAUUAUGGGAAAGAGAUGCAUGGCUAUGUGAUACGAAAUGCUUUUAGUUCUGACACAUUUCUUAUGGAAUGACUAGACAAAGUAUGCAGAUGAGAUUUGUAUUUAUUUUUGUAAUGUGUAAUUUUACUGCAAUUAAAUUCAUAUUGAUUUUUAAAGGUUUGACAGAUAUUAAAAUAAGAUAACUUGUAUUUUCUGCACUUAUAUAUUACGUGUAUAUGGACUAAAACCAUUACUUGUUAAGCUAUCAAUGUAUAUUUAUCAUCUGCCAUAAAGUUGGUCAAGUUGAAAGCAUUUUCUAAAUUUGAGAACACUUUACAAGCUCUAGAGGCAGCUACUUUACUUAUUGAUGGCAAGGCUAGCAAGGGUCUGCACAAGUUCCUGCGUGCUCUUUGUGAAAAUGAAACACUAGCUAGGUGUGGCUGAUUCAGAGCUUGGGAAUGUGAUUAAGAAGAAAUUGAAAAUUGACUGUAUUUACAACAAUGCAGUUAUGGAGUUGAUGAGUGGUGUUAGAAAUCAGUUAACUGAACUCAUAUUUGGUCUAGCUAUUCAGGACAUGGCUCCAAUGAGCUGGGGUUUAUCUCACAGCUUAUCCAGAUACAAAUUGAAGUUAAGCGCAGAGUAGGUGUAUUUUAUGAUUAUAAGGAAUUGAUGUUAUCAUUGUACUCGCUGUACCUUUUUUAUAUUCUGUUUUCCUAGCUAGUAUAUUGACAUCACUGUAGAUUUGUAUUGUGUUGAGGUCUGUAUCAUAUUCUGCUAUUCACCAAAGAAAUUCUCCCCAAAUUUGGUAAUUGAUUGAUAUGGAUAAAAA